UAGUUCCGGUCAAUUUUGUAAUGGCUGCCAAUGAUCUCAAAAAAUACAAAUGUGACCUAAAUAAGUUUACCGUUCCUAAAUUUAUGGACAUUAUUGAUGUCUGGGACCGGACUUUCUUGUUUUUACAGACAUUCAUCUGUCCGUAAGGAUGGGGAUGGUGUCAAAAUUAUAUUUAAUAAUAGGAUGUCUGUCCAUAAUCAAAGGAAGUCCCUUGCUGCUUUUUGCCAAUCGUAAAGAUGUCAGAAUUGUGGAUGGUAACAAUUCUCGAGGUAAUUCCACCGUUGUCGCAGGAAACCUCGAGGAUGCUGCAGCAGUGGAUUUCCUUUAUGAGGACAGAUCGGUCUUCUUCACGGACGUCAGCCAGGAAAUGAUCAAAAGAACAUGGUUUAAUGGCUCGGAAAUUACGGUAAAUGUCAUAACAACAGGUCUCAUCUCUCCAGAUGGUCUGGCUGUUGAUUGGUUAGGUAAAAAGAUAUACUGGACCGACUCUGAAACUAAAAGAAUUGAAGUCGCCAACUUGGAUGGAAGUUACCGAAAGGUACUUUAUUGGAACGACCUUGACCAACCAAGAGCUAUUGCACUGGACCCGUUAAAUGGGUACAUGUAUUGGACUGACUGGGGAGAGACACCAAAAAUUGAACGAGCUGGAAUGGAUGGAACUCAUGCACAUCGAUCUGUCAUUAUAAAGGAAAAUAUUCAUUGGCCAAAUGGACUAACAUUAGAUUACGAAGAUUCACAAAUUUAUUGGGCGGACGCUAAAAAUGCUUUCAUACACAGCUGUAAGUUCGAUGGUUCUGAUCGCCGUGUGGUCGUUGAAGGAGAACUGCCUCAUCCUUUUGCCUUGACAUUGUAUGAUCGAACGUUAUAUUGGACCGACUGGAAGGAGAGGUCCAUUUAUUCCUGUGAUAAAAUUACCGGUAGUAAUCGGAGAGUUAUACUUGAAGAGAUAUAUUCACCAAUGGACAUCCAUUCAUUUAGUGCUAGAAGACAACCAAAAGAUACAAAUGAGAAUGCCUGUGAUAAACAUAAUGGUGGCUGUUCACACUUAUGUCUUAUGUCACCAGCUCAUCCUUUCUACACAUGUGCCUGUCCCACAGGAAUCAAACUUAAAUUGGACAACAAAACAUGUAAUGAAGGAUAUGAGCAAUUAUUACUGCUAGCCAGAAGAACAGAUUUAAGGAGGAUAUCACUAGAUACACCUGACUACACAGAUGUGGUAUUGGAACUCACUAAUGUACAGCAUGCAAUAGCUAUUGAUUUCGACCCAGUGGAUAACCAAGUAUAUUGGACUGAUGAUGAGGUGCAUGCAAUUUGGAGGGCGAAUAUUGAUGGAACAGGUCAGGAGAAGGUCAUUGACAACCAUUUGAUGCAUCCUGAUGGUAUUGCAGUAGAUUGGAUUGGUCGUAAUCUGUACUGGACAGACACAGGGACAGACAGAAUAGAAGUGUCAAGGCUGAAUGGAACCUCACGUAGAGUUCUAAUAGCUGAAGAUUUAGAAGAACCAAGGGCAAUAACUCUUGAUCCAAUCUCAGGAUACAUGUACUGGACAGACUGGGGAAAGAAACCAAAAAUAGAACGAGCUAAUAUGGAUGGUUCUGGUCGAUUAGCUCUGGUUAAUGCAUCAUUAGGUUGGCCUAAUGGGAUCGCAGUAGAUCAUGCCGAGAUGAAGAUAUACUGGGGGGACGCUAGUCUUGAUAAAAUAGAAGUGGCUAACUAUGACGGCACAGGGAGACGUGUACUAGUCAAUGAAAAUCUACCUCAUUUGUUUGGAUUUAGUUUGUUAGGUGAUUACAUCUAUUGGACUGAUUGGCAGAGACGGUCAAUAGAGCGUGUUAAUAAACGGUCAGGAAUUGAUAGGAAGACCAUUGUUGACCAACUGCCAGAUCUAAUGGGACUCAAGGCAGUCAACCUAGUCAAAAUUGAAGGCACCAACCCAUGUGCUCACAACAAUGGUGAAUGCAGCCAUCUUUGUUUGAUGACCCCUAAUAAACCAGUAUGUGCUUGCCCAAUGGGGCUAGAGCUUAGUGGUAACAGUAAGACAUGUAUAAUACCCGAGGCCUUCCUAAUAUUCAGCGGACAGCAGAACAUCAAGAGACUGUCCCUUGAAUCAAAUCACAGAAUCAGACCGAUUCCAAUCAGAGGGAUCAAGGAAGCUCCUAUUGCCAUUGAUUUUGAUAUUAAUGACAAUAGGAUCUAUUGGACAGACGCAACAGAGAGGACAAUAAGCAGAGCUUUUAUGAAUGGAAGUGCUGUAGAAAAGGUGAUUCAAUAUGGCCUGGAAUAUCCUGAGGGCAUGGUUGUAGAUUGGGUGGCUAAAAAUAUUUAUUGGGUAGAUACUGGAUCUAAGCGAAUAGAAGUGUCCAGGACUGAUGGGACAUCUCGGAGAGUUAUUGUUUGGAAAGAUCUACAUCAGCCAAGAGCUUUAGCUAUUGAUCCAGCUAAUGGGCACAUAUACUGGACUGAUUGGUCAGAACCAGCAAGGCUUGAGAGGGCAGCAUUAGAUGGUACAGGGAGACAGAUUGUUGUUGAGGACAUAGGCAAAGUCCAUGCCGUAACAAUAGAUUUUACAGAGAAAAAGAUCUUCUGGGCGAGCAUUGACAAAGCUAUGAUUGAAUCGGCCAACAUUAAUGGUACUAACAGAACUCAGAUUAUUACAAACCAGGUACCCAAACCUAUGGGUUUAACUCUGUACAAUGACUUCAUAUUCUGGGCUGACUGGGAACAGCAGACAGUAGAGAAAGCAAAUAAGACCAAUGGAAAUAAUCGUACCACACUUCGAGAUCACAUGGGUGUUGUCAUGGAUAUAUUGGUCUAUCAUUCUUCAAGACAAGCAGGAACCAACAGUUGCCAUGACAAAAAUGGAGGAUGUUCACACUUGUGUUUGGCACAUCCUAUUGAAGAUGGUAAAAAUCUUAGUCAUCACUGUGCUUGUCCUACUCACUACAAAUUGAAUGCAGAUAAUAAAACAUGUUCAGCACCAAAGACUUUUCUUUUGUUUAGCCAGAAAAAUGUGAUUAGUCGUUUAGUGAUUGAUAAUGAUGAUGUUGACCCACAAACGCCAGAAGUAGUGCUACCUAUUCCUCAUUUAAAGAAUGUGAAAGGACUAGCAUACGAUCCAGUCGAUCAUUACAUAUACUGGAUAGAAGGAAAACAAAACAAUAUAAAGAGGUCAACAGAUAACGGUACUAAUGUACAAGUAAUAGUCCGUAAUGAUAAUGAAGCUUACAAGCCGUACGACAUGGCCAUCGAUCCAUACUCUAGAGUAAUAUACUGGACAGAUGCCAAGAGAAAUGUUAUUAACAUCACAAGGCUAGAUGGAAAAUCUCUUGGUGUGGUCAUCGAGGGAGAGAAAGAGAAACCAAGAUCUAUCGUGCUUAAUCCACUCAAAGGGCACAUGUAUUGGGUGAACAUGGUACAACCACCAACAAUUGAUAGAGCGGCCAUGGAUGGUACAGAAAGAAUGACAUUGUUUUCCAAAGCUUUAGGAAAACCUGGUCCACUGGCAGUGGAUGUUCAGAAUUCAAGGUUGUACUGGGCAGAUGGAAAUCUCAAUCGAAUCGAAUGCUCGGACCUUUCGGGUGGUAACAGGAUAGUUUUAGUUGAUGGUCAGAUAGCUAGUCCCAAAGGAAUGGCUGUUCUAGGCAAAUAUUUGUACUGGAUUGACCGGGACCAUAUGCUGAUGUCAAGGGCCGACAAAAUAAAUGGGAAGGACCGUACUUACAUACAGGGUCGCUUGAAGGGCCUAAGUGACCUUCAUGUUGCAUUGAACGUGUUGCCAAAACAUAUGGAACAUCCGUGUGCACAUAACAAUGGAGGUUGUUCACAUAUCUGUGUUGCUAAGGGAGACGGCAGUUCGCGUUGUGCUUGUCCGACUAAUUUAGACCUAAAAGAUGACUUAAAAAUGUGUGCCGAUCCUCCCACCUGUUCUCCCGUUCAGUUCGCUUGUUUGAGUGGAGAUAUACAAUGUAUUCCGCGUACUUGGCGCUGUGAUAAAUCUGAGGAAUGCCAAGAUGCAUCUGACGAAUUGAAAUGUCCCAUUUGUCAUGCCGAUCAGUUUCGUUGUAACGAUAAUCAUUGUAUCGAUCAGAGUUAUGUUUGCGAUGGGACGCCACAGUGUCAUGAUCAUAGUGACGAGGAACAUUGUUGUUUGGAGGGGGAUACAAUGUGCCCUAAUACUACCCCUCCCCAUUCAUGUAAAGGGCCUAACUGCCUAGGAACUAAAGCAUCAUCAAAUCCAUCCACAGCACAUUAUACUAUUAUCAUAGUCAUCGGCCUUAUUGUUCUCGUGUUAAUUCUCGGAAUCAUUUUCGCUUGCAAGAGGAAGUCACAGCCACCGGGAGUGAUAAUUUAUGAAACUGAUAUGAGUGUAGUUAAACCAUUAACCGAUCAGACAACUUUAAAUUCAUUAUCAUCUCAUGGGAAAUCUCAUGAAACAGGAUUGUCGCUUGGUUCUGUCGGGACAACUGGCAUUUACGACAGAAACCAUGUGACCGGUGCUUCCUCUAGUAGUUCUACAGUGACAACAUAUCCACACGAGACGUUGAAUCCCCCUCCUAGUCCGGUCACAACAGAUAGGUCUGUGUGUAAUGGGGAAUUCUAUGGAUAUUCAUCUAACAGUCCAUCUACUGUCAGGUCGUAUCGACCUUAUAAGCUCCGCCCAGUGCCACCCCCACAUACAACGCCAUGUAGUACGGACGUUUGUGAGGAAAGUGAACCUUAUCCGUAUAAUGUACGGAGUAAAAAACAUAAAUCGAAACGUUCUAUAAUGGAAUUGUUUUCAGACUAUGAUCCUUAUCCUCCGUGUCCUACCCCACGGAGUCAUUACUUCUCAGACGAAAUGAUCAGUUGUCCACCAUCACCAUCGACAGAAAGAAGUUUUUCAAAUCCAUAUCCCCCUCCCCCAUCGCCAGUGGCUAAUUCUGAUUGCUAGAGUUUGUUAGUAUACAUGUUGAGCAUUAGGUGUGUGUCGGUGUUUAAGACUGAGUGUGUGUGCUUGUGUGGAUGAGGUGGAAGUGUUAAAACGAUGUCAGCAUUAUCUAGAUAUAUUGUUAAAACUUGUACUUGGCUUUAUUUUUUGUAGGUCAAUAUUAUAUGGCAAUAUAGAUAUAAUACAUUUACUGUACAAAUUGUAAUAAUAAUAAAAGAAUUCAAUUAUACAAACAAAUAUCUGAUAAAGCUGAUGUUGGGUAUAGAAUGUGAUGCAAAAAAUAUAUAACAAUAAUAGUAUUAAACUUGGAAGGGAAAUUGGUUUUAUGAAGUUUACCUGCAUAACUGACAAAGUGCUCAAUUUAAGUCGUUAGGUGAGGUAAAGGGGCAGGUUCUCUUUACAAAAAACUAUCUCUUCCUGUUGUUUGCCAGGACUAGCUUUUUAUCGAACUAAUGAUAUUGAAAAAUUAUUGUUAGGUCAGCUCAAAACAGAUUUCUAGAUUCUCGUCCCCAUGGUCCCAGCACUCAAUUGAAAUUAGCCCUGUUUUAUUAUAAUCUUUCCUUUUUGCAUCAAAGUGACUGAAGUUGCUGACAAAUUAUGAAAAAAAAAUUGCAGGGAAGAGGGGGGAUAAUAAAUCAUAUUUUUACACUUUUGCACCCAGGCAUAUGCUUCCUUAGAAGUGAGUAUCUUAAAGGGAGAUAACCGAAGAAAGGAGUAGGCCCAGUAAGACCCCUUUUUGGCCCCAAAAUAUAGCAGUUUUACAAAAUUGUUAAAAUGUAGAUUUUUAGCUAUUUAUUGGAAAGAAGAAUACUUCUGUUACAUAAAUAUGGGCUGUUUUUGACAAUGCAAUGCACAUGUAUCGGGUACUUAAGCAUCAUUAAGUCAUGCUAAAUUACUGAAAUCUUCGAAAUUUUAGCAUUUUGGUUAAUUUUUAGACGGUUUCCGUCUGAAAUGGAAGUGGCCUCAUUUGUGUUCAUUCUUAAUAUUUAAAUGUAAGUUGUAUUUGAUGAUAAUACAUAACAUAUAUAAAGGUUGAGAAUGAAUACGGAUGCGGCCACUUUCAUUUUUGACAAAAACCAUCUGAAAAGUGACAUAUUAUACCAUAUUUGAUAGAUUUUUCAUAUUUAAGCUUGAAUUUGAGUGUCUUUCAUGACUAAAUCAGUUCAAAUCCUACACAUAAACUAAUUGAAUUGACUGAAGAAGACACUUAAGUGUUUAAAAAGUUACCAAAAUCUUUCAUCAGAUGAACCUGAAUUUUGAGGCCAAAAACAGCCCUUACCAGACCUACUCCUUUGUUAAAAUUAUUAUACAUUUGUAUCAAUUGUAAAAAUGUUACUGGUAAUUUUAAUCUGUCAAUUUUUAUUAUCUGCACACCUGACAUAAGCCACAAAAGAAAAAAAAAAGAAAAAACAUUUUGCAUAUCCAAAUUUUCAAACUAGUUGAAUGAGAAUCUAGAAAAUAUUUUGUUAUGGCCAUAGUGGUAGAUCAAAGCAUCUUAUAUGAUUCAUUGCAUUACUUGUAUCUGUGCAUUAAGAAUAUGUGCUACCGCUUUACAUGUAUAUUAUUUUUGGUGCUCAACACUUUAAAAAAUGGGCAUUUUAUAAACAAAAAAAUAAAGCCAUGUAUAAAGUAUUAUUGUAUAGAAAUGAUAUUUAUACAGUGUACAAUAUGUAUAUAAAGGUCAAAAGGUCAACAGUCACCAAUCACUGAUACAAAAUCUUCAAAUAUUAAUUGGCAUUCACAAAAUUUCAAAAGUAAACAUAGCAUUCAUAAAAUUUCAAAUUUAAUCAUAGCAUUUACAAAGUUUCAAAUGUUAACAUAUAGAAUUCACAAAAUUUUAAAUGUAAACAUGGCAUUCACAAAAUUUCAAAUGUAAACAUGGCAUUUGCAAAGUCCCAAAUGUUAACAUAUAGAAUUCACAAAAUUUUAAAUGUUAACAUAGCAUUCACAAAGUUUUGAAUGUAAAAAUAGCAUUCACAAAGUUUCAAAUGUUAACAUAGCAUUCAAAAAGUUUUGAAUGUAAACAUAGCAUUCAAAAUAUUUCAAAUGUAAAACAUAGCAGUUGCGAAGUUUCAAGUUUAACAUUUAAUUCACAAAAUUUAAAAUGUAAACAUAGCAUUUGCAAAGUUCCAAAUGUUAACAUAUAGAAUUCACAAAAUUUUAACUGUAAACAUGGCAUUCACAAAAUUUUAAAUGUAAAACAUAGCAUUUGCAAAGUUUCAAAUGAUAACAUAGAAUUCACAAAAUUUUAAA